AUGAGCUGUUUUCGCCUAUCCAAGUCUCUAAUCCACCAAAUUGAAGUAAUGAUGAAUAAAUUUUGGUGGGGAUCCAAUUCCUCAUCUUCUGGGAUUAAUUGGAAAACUUGGAAUGCUCUUUGUCAAGAAAAAGUUGAAGGAGGCAUGGGAUUUAGGAGUUUUGUUCAUUAUAACCAAGCAUUAUUGGCCAAACAAGCAUGGUUGAUCUUCUCCAAUCCUUCAUCUCUCGUUCACAAGAUACUCAAGGCCCGAUACUUUAACUUUAACGCCUUUUUGGAAGCUGAAUUGGGCUCUUACCCAUCUCUCACGUGGAGAAGUAUUCUUUGGGGGAAAGAAUUACUAUGCAAAGGUUUGCGAUGGAAAGUAGGUAAUGGAAAUCAUAUCUUAUGUGCUUCAGGUCCAUGGCUACCUGACAUAACCUCUUUCAAGCCUUUGAUGUAUAAGGACUCAGACACUUUGAUGAGAGUUUCUGAUUUGAUUACCAGUAAUAGACAAUGGAAUCAUACUCUUCUUGAGCAAUUGUUCCUGGUUUCAGAUGUCAAUAAAUCAGUAUCCACAUUGGCUACCAAACUUGAAGAACAACAACCUACUGUCAGUUCAAACAAAUCUCUCAUUUGGUGGAAAAAGUUCUGGUCUUUGUCAUUACCUUCAAAAAUCAAGAUUUUUCUAUGGCGUGCAAUGCACGAGUGUCUCCCAGUUGCUGGAAUCCUUCAUACCAGACAUAUAAGUGAUUCAGCAACCUGCUCUUUAUGUCACCGUGGCAAUGAGUCCAUCACUCAUGCUCUAUUUUUUUGCAAGAGACCACAAAAAGUCUAG